GUUACCCGUUUAUUCGGGUUUUACACUUUUACUGCCAUCCCCUAGGUACAACUGUACAAGCAUGAAGCAACAAGCCAAGAAGAUGUGGAGAACAACCAAACCAAACAGAAGUGGUUGGUGGGUCCCACCCACUCCAGCUCCAACCUAUGCAGCUCAGCCAACGACCAUUGUUUUUCAUUGUUUUCUAAGCGAUUAAGUGAAGGAUUAGCCAUCCUUGCAUUAACAAAGCAAGUUUAAUUUUUUGUUAAUUUCAACCAGAACCCAUUACAACGGGGAAGUAAACUGUAAAAAAGGGAUAAACGACGAGCUCCAUUUAUCGUUUUCACCCUUUUCCCCAUCUUCCUCUUCCCCUUGUUUUUAUUCAUUUGUCUGCGUUUCUUUUUUUCUUCUCUCUUUUCCAAAGAGAGCAAACCAAGCACUGUUCAACUCUUUAGUAAGUAGUAGUGACUAGAUUUCAUUGUGUCAUCCCAUCAUUCAUUCCCCCAAGCGAGAACCGAACCUUCUCUCAUUAGUCAUUUCUGCUUUCUCCCGGCACGCUGAAACCUCUCAAUUCUUCUUGUCCUUCUUCUUCAUCACUGUGUUCAUCAUAGAUUUCCUCAAAAAUCUGUCCGCCAGCUUGCCUUCUCAUCCGACCGUGUUGUCCCUUUCUCACAGGUAUCCUUUUAUCCAUUCCUCUCUCAAUUUUCCCCAUCUUCUUCUUUCAAAGUUCGAACCUUUACUUUCUUUUUGGGUCUCUUCACAGUGGUCUUUCUUAAACACCGGCUUAAAAAAGCCAUCCUUUUCAGCUUCCCUUUCAUGGGUUCCUUUUCUGAUCCAUGCUUUGUCUUUCGUGGCUGUGGUGGUUAUGAAAUCCAAUUAGUCCUGCUUACAGUUCUAGGGUUCCCUUGUUUUUUUUUUUUUGGGUCUGUAGUGUUCAUUGCUUUGCUGACCCGUAUUGACAGUUUCAUCGCUUCGACCCCUUCAAAUGGGGAUCCCAGGGUUGCAAAUUUUGAUUAUUGACUUUAUGGCUUGGUGCUGGUCUGUUGGGAAAAGUCAGAUGCUUGGACUGUGACCAAAUCAAACAAAAAUAGAGUAGGACAGAGAUUAAAGAAGAAGGCAAUUGGAAUUUUGUUUGGCAUAGCUCUCUUUACCUUUGGAUGCUUCCCUUGUUUUGACAGCUUCUAGGGUGUUAUUUCCCAUGCGCUGUUGAAUUUUUUUGGCUUGAAGAAAUUCUGUUGACCCGUCGAUGUGCUCUUAAAUUUGGGGUUUUAUUCCGUUGAUCCAGACUGUCUUCCUAAUCAUCUCUUGACUUUCCCUUGGUUGUUUCACAAUUUGUAGGCUGGAGACUGAUGUAGAAGGAUUCAUUUUGUGGAUGUUCCUGAGAGAUGUUUGAUUGAUCGAUGGUGACUCGUGAGUCUGCCAAUCUGGUUGCAUCUAGAAUUUGGUAUUCAAAUUCUACCUCUUUAUCUGUUGUUGCUAUGGUGAGAUGAAGAAUGCUGUAUAGUUGAGUGGGUACCCUGAAAAAUCUGAGGUGGGUAUCAUAUUCUGUUCCAAAACUUCGUUUGAGAGAAAUGGAGCAAAAUGGAGGUGAGAGCUGGAAGGAACUGGUACGGAAAAUGCUUCCAUCAGGUGCUUCUCUUCCUGAAGACGAGGCUAAGCUUGACUACUCCAUAGCUGUAGAGUACCUUGGUCCUCCAAUGCCUUAUGAGGUCCCUAAGGUUGAACCUCUCGAUGUCAGUUCCCAUGGAAUCCCAACUGCUGAGCCGCUCCAAGUCUCGAAUGGAUCAGCUGCGAAUCUAGGUCCACCUGUGAUCAACCCAAUACCUUUGCCAGUAUCUUACAUUGCCCGUGUCACAGACUCCCCCGUCCAAAGUCCACGGGCAUCAGCAAGCUCGGAGUCGGUAGUAUCGGUUCUCCAAAAUCGUGACUCUUCUUCAGCUUCAGCAUCAGCUUCACCUGCAUCAGCUCGAAACCCUCCAAAUCAGAUGGUGGCUAAUGAAGCAAGGCGAGUGCCAGUUGUCAAGUUCAACACUGUUGAUACCUCUAGCCACAGCAAAGGCUCGGAUGCUGAGAAGUCAGUUUAUCCCGAGUAUGUAGUUGGGGUGUCAAAGGAAAAGAAGAAGCAAAAAAAGAGUAGGGUUUGUUAUCGUUGUGGAAAAGGGAAAUGGGAACUGAAGGAGUCAUGCUUUGUUUGUGAUGCAAAAUAUUGUGGCAACUGUGUUCUUAGGGCAAUGGGCUCUAUGCCCGAGGGACGUAAGUGUGUCACGUGUAUAGGUGAGCCAAUUGAUGAGUCGAAGAGGUUUAAGCUCGGGAGGCAUUCCCGUGUCUUAUCGAGAUUGCUCAGUGCUUUGGAAGUUAAGCAUAUUAUGAAAUCAGAAAAGGAAUGUUCUUCUAAUCAGCUUAGGCCAGAGCAGUUGAUUGUGAAUGGGUUCCCUUUGAAACCGGAGGAGAUGGCGGAAUUACUUGGAUGUCCUUUACCACCGAAGAAAUUGAAGCCUGGUAGAUAUUGGUAUGACAAGGAGUCUGGUCAAUGGGGAAAGGAGGGAGAAAAACCAGAUAGAAUCAUUAGUUCAAACUUAAACUUCACCGGUAAACUCAGCCCUGAUGCGAGCAAUGGCAACACUGAAGUCUACAUUAAUGGCAGAGAAAUUACUAAGCUGGAGCUCAGGGUGCUUAAACUGGCAAAGGUGCAAUGUCCCCGUGAUACUCAUUUCUGGGUUUAUGAUGAUGGCCGUUAUGAGGAGGAAGGUCAGAAUAAUAUAAGGGGGAACAUAUGGGAAAAGGCAUCAACCCGGUUUGUCUGCACGCUCUUCUCUUUGCCGGUUCCUCAUGGUCAACCCGUUGGUCAGAGAGAUGAACCCAGCACUUACACUACACUUCCGAAUUAUCUUGAGCCGAAAAAAGUCCAGAAGCUUCUUCUCCUCGGACUCCCAGGUUCAGGAACCAGCACGAUUUUCAAGCAGGCCAAAUUUUUGUAUGGAAACAGGUUCACUGCAGAAGAGCUUCAAGAUAUCAAGUUGAUGAUACAGAGCAAUAUGUAUCGAUAUCUUAGCAUCUUGCUUGAUGGACGAGAGCGCUUUGAGGAAGAGGCACUCGCAGAGAUGGAGACCGAAGAUCGAGACUCUGAAGCUGGUGGAGAAGCCGACUCGGUUGAAACCAACAAUCAGUGCAUCUACUCUAUCAACCCAAGGUUGAAGCAUUUUUCUGACUGGCUGCUCGACAUUAUAGCCACUGGAGAUUUGGAUGCAUUCUUCCCUGCGGCCACUCGUGAGUAUGCCCCGCUGGUUGAAGAGGUUUGGAAAGAUCCUGCUAUCCAGGAGACAUAUAAGCGAAAAGACGAGCUUCACUUCCUCUCAGAUGUUGCAGAGUACUUCUUAAGCCGGGCGGUCGAGGUCUCCAGCAAUGAAUACGAACCGACUGAGCGAGAUAUCCUUUAUGCAGAAGGUGUCACCCAAGGAAAUGGUCUAGCUUUCAUUGAAUUUUCACUCGAUGAUCGGAGUCCAAUGUCCGAAGUCUACACUGAUAAUCUUGAAUCUCUUCCUCUCACCAGGUACCAACUCAUAAGGGUCAAUGCCAAGGGUAUGAACGAAGGAUGCAAAUGGGUUGAAAUGUUUGAAGACGUGCGAGCUGUAGUGUUCUGUGUCUCCCUCAGUGACUACGACCAGGUGAGCUUAUCACCAUCCGAGGGCAGCGGAUUGCUGCUCCAAAACAAGAUGAUGCAAACCAAGGAACUCUUCGAGUCAAUGGUCCGCCACCCUAGCUUCAAAGACACCCCAUUCGUGCUUGUGCUGAACAAGUACGACCUAUUCGAGGAGAAGGCGAACAAGGUCCACCUCAGCACGUGUGAGUGGUUCUCAGACUUCAGCCCAGUGAGACCCAACCACAACCAACAGUCCCUGGCCCAGCAGGCGUACUACUAUGUAGCAAUGAAGUUCAAGGACCUCUACGCGUCAAUUACAGGGCGGAAGCUGUUCGUGUGGCAGGCCAGGGCGAGGGAUCGGGUGACUGUAGACGAGGGCUUCAAGUACGUGAGGGAGGUGCUGAAGUGGGAUGAUGAGAAGGAGGAUAAUUACUUUGGUGGGCCUGAGGAUUCGUUUUAUAGUACGGAUGUUAGUUCAUCUCCAUUUGUGAGGCAAGAGUGAUACAGGGUGGUUUUGGUAACUGUUAUGCCUUGCUAGUUUAGGGGAAAAGAGGUUAGGAAGAAAGGUAAAGGAAGGGAGAAGGUAUUGGUAGUGGUUAAUAAGGCUAACUGCUUAAAGUGUAAUUGAUGUCAUUGUUGUUCCUGUUGUAAUCCCAAUCUCAAAUGCUUGUGUCUUUGAAUUGUAGCACAUUAGGUCAUAAAAGAAAUAACCAGGGCCUGCAUAUUAUCUGAUCUGGUUCAGAAGCAAAUAAGGAAAGACCAUUUGAGGGCCAUAAUCAGAACAAAUUAAGGACAAAAUCGAAUUAUAAAGUGUUCCAUGUGGU